AUGGCUACAUUUUCGGUCUCUUGGGGAACUGUCAAAUCCCUCCUCAUAUUCUUUGGUCCGGUCAUCCUUCCACGUCUGAUAACUGCAUACCGAAGCCUGCGCGUAUCCAUCGCAAGUCGUCCACCACCACAACCUCUCCCUGCUGCCCCCGGGCGCGCAUUGAACAUCCUCUUUGGCGGCAUUGUCUUCUUCCUCCUCCUCAGUCUUCCUUUCAACCCACACGCCCCCGAGCCAAACAUCUUCUCUCUGACUCGAUCCCGUCUCAAUACACCUACCGAUGUCAUCUUUAACCGCCUUGCUCGGUUCCGACCUGAUAACCUCCUCACCGACUCCGACACUCUCCUCCAAUCCAGGUUGACCUCCCUUGGCGCCCGCAAGGUCUAUCUGACCUUUGGCCCAGAUGCUCUGGUCUCAUGUCAGUUCUGCUCCUUCGACAACCUCACCACAUACCUCAUGUACUACCUCCCCUUCCACGUGUUGUUUCCGCACCUCGCACACCUGAUGCUCCUAGGCAUCGCAACCUCAGCCCCCAUCGCUGGCCGCGAAGCUUCCCGCUGGCGCACAAAGUUCACAAUGGCUGGUUUGGCUCUCGCCGCUAUCGAUAUCUACAUUGUGGCCACGUAUGACGCCAUCCAAGGUGCUCCGCUCUCCGUCCGCGCAGGCCAGAAACCGCCCACCAGCCUCUACAACCAAAUUACGCUUCUGCGACCGCUGGCGAUCGUGAUCUGCGAUGUGAUUUGUUCUACCGUGAUCUGGUUGUCGGCGACCAACCGGUUCUUCUUCAAACCGCCUUCCACGGUGGAGCAGAUUGACGGGGCAGUUUCGAUGGCUGUGCAGGCCUUGACGGGUGCCAAUACUAAGCUUCAUGCUAGUAGUGUCACGCGGAAUGCGGUGGUCAGGGACAAGACACUCAAGAGUCGUGAUGACUUGUAUUGGCAGACUAUGGUGGCUUCGGAGAACCCCACUCACACUGGGGAAGGAGAGAUCCUCAACAACAUUUGGGAACAAGAAGAGGUUGCUAGGGCUGUAUCACAAGCUAUGGCUGGACAAGGAGGAAUUGAUUUAGCUCAAUUGGGAGUUAAGGCUAAUGAUUUUGUACGAGGAGUGACGGAGGAUAUGUAA